GUAGCGCCGACUCGGCACGGAGUUGCGUAGAUUAAAGGCACACACUGUAUAAAAUAGUCGCACAUUUUUAUUAAAUUUAAUUUCGUAGUGAAGUAAAUUUUAAUUCGUCAGUUGAAGACAUCCAACAAUAAUGCCGCGUCAACAAGCACACUGGAAAAAAAUCCCCUUCGUAUACUAUAUUUUACAGUUAUUUUCAUAUACAACAUGUGCGAUGAAAAUGCACGUACAGCUUGAUGCGCCGCAUUAUGUAAAGCUUCAUACAGACGUAAAUCUCACCUGUAACCACAAUGUCUCUGACAGUAACCUUCGUAAGGUGGAAUUUCUUAGGGACAAUACUAAGAUACUUCAGUAUAUAAGGGAUAGAAGUCCACCGUUUAGGAUCUCUGUACACAACCUUGAGUAUACGCCUGAUGGCAAGACAAUCACAUUGAAAAAGGUUGGCUUUCCGGCUAGUGGAUUAUAUUCGUGUGAAGUUUCCACUGUCUCCCCAAUUUAUGAAGAAGAGUCCCCAAGAGUGAAGAUGGAAGUGAUCGUACCCCAGACUGAGGAUCCAGUAAUAAAUGUAGAUAAGUCCAUUUAUCUCAUGGGGGAGUAUUUAAAUGCGAAUUGCUCUUCUUCUCCUGCACACCCAGCGCCUCAUUUAACGUGGCUGAUUAAUGAAAAGGAGGUGGAUCUUCAGUAUGUGAAUUAUAAUCCCCACCAACGUCACAAGGAUUUGAUGUCAUCUAGUGUACAAUUAAAGAUAAAAUUAUCCGAAUUACAUUCUAGUGAAAAUGGUCAAUUAGAAAUCAGAUGUGAUGGAACUAUUCCGGAUUAUCAUCAACAUAAGCACUACGCUGAUGUUAGGUCAAAGACUGUCACGGUGCAAGUGAUGCCUGCACCAGUGAUUUCAUCUUCGUCAAAAAACCUUGGCGAAGAACUGACGUUACUAAUCAUAUCAUCAGUGUUCUGUUCUGUACACAAAAUGAUUCCUCUAUAAAGUCAAUUGCUCUAGGCUAAAUAAUAUGUAAUACUAACUAUAAGGAA